AUGGGCGUGGUGAUCUACUCGAGGGUGCCGACGGCAAUCCCUGUAGACAAGGAAAACCGCUUCAAUGACACAGAGGGGUCCAAGUUCAUAGGCCAAGACGGCAUGUUCAUGAACACGCUCAUCGAACGCAUGAAUUUCACGCCCAUCAUCUUCACGCCACGAGGGAUCCGCAUGGAAUACGGCAUCAAGGUGGUAAAAGGACAAUUUACGGGGACGUUCUACCCGAUCUUGAACGGGACGGCAGAGCUAUGCAGCAACGGUCAUUUCGUGAAGGACUACCGGGACAAGCGGGUGGACUUCGUGAAGCCCAUCACCCUGGACUACGUCUCGAUCAUGGCGCCCAAGGCCAGCGUUAUCCCACCCGUUAUCACAGUCCUCCUCAGCUUCGAGCUCUCCGUUUGGGUCACGCUCUGUCUCACCUUCGUUUCCACCGUUCUCGUCUACGUCGCCUACCUUAAAUACUCCUUCGAGUACAUGGACGCCGGCACUUUACGCGUAGUCCACGGACUGGAGACUCAGAACAAAGGGGCUUGGACCUCCAGGAGCCAGUCUUCUAGCAAUCAGCCUCAGAUUCAUAAGCAGCCGAAACACUCAAACUGGUUUAUUAAUAACCUAUCGAAGAACCAGCUGCCCUCUAAGAGCCCCAUCGGCGGGAAGUUGAAACGCUUGGUUGGUCAAUUUUUCACCUCCAGAAAUCCAUGGACUUCUAAACGUGUGAGACCAAAGCAGUGUCCCAAAAUCGGAAUAAGGUCACGUGUCAGUCCAAAACCAAUUUUGUCCGCUCAUGGAAAAUAUUCAGGGUUUGAUAACUCACCAAAAAUUGCAUAUCUUUUUGGUAACCCAAAGCCAAUGGCACGCCACUCGAAAUCGGAUGAAGGCUCACUGCCAAACCAGUUUGGACUUCAUAACCGUUCGAAGGAAUUCUUGUCACCUCAUGCCAAAAACACGCAGUAUGGACCUUCUCCAAUACCUGACAUAGGCAAAAAAUCGAGACUAGGUCGACUAUUUCAUACAUUCUGGGGCCGAAUGGUGACAAAUGAUCAUGGUAAUUCUGCGAUAAUGAAACCAGCUCACUCUGCACACUCAAAAGUCGUGCUUUGGUCAAAAGGAGGUCGGUCAGUGACACCAGCCUCUAAAUUGGAUAUUCCCAAAGUUAUUUUUGACACGUUCAGAUUUUUCUUAUCAUCGCCUCCGCCAAAAUGUCUUAUCAUCGGAUCGACCUCUGAGCGGAUUCUAGUCACGUCGAUUCUUGUCUUUACCAUCGUGAUAACGAGCUCGUUUCAGGGUAAUUUAGUCAGAUUUUUGAGCGUCCCCGUCUACUACCCGGACAUCGAUAACCUCAAACAGUUGGAAAAGUCCCCGCUCUUGAUUUGGACCUCGUCGCUGAGUUGGAGGGACAUCUUCUACAGUGACCCGAUCCUUUGGGGUCUCGCAAAAAAGGUUCACCGGUGGAAGUCGGAACAAGACAUGCACGACUCGGACGGGUACUACGCCGGUUUCCAACGGAUCAACGUCCACUCGUACAAGUACUUCAAGGACGUCGUCCUCACCGGGCUCAAAAACAACGCCACGCGCACCCUCCACACCCUCUCGCAGAACCUCAUCACCUACUACCUCGCCUACAUCGUCAUCAAGGACUCGCCGUACCGCUCCCGCAUCGACUCCCUGAUCGGGCGAAUGGACCAGUCCGGCCUCGUCACCAAGUGGUCCGCUGACGUCAUCAAGUACACCCUGGAGACCUAUCGGACCGUUGAGGACCGUCGCGCUAAGAGGGAAAAGGUCUUCACCGUCCAGGACCUCUCUGCGUCCUUCAUCGUCCUGGGAGCAGGCGUUUGCGUCGCCAGUGUUGUGUUUCUCGGGGAGGUCUUGUUGCAGUAUUGGAGGUAUCGGAAAUUUAAACGGGUCUUAGUGCCGGACAGUAAAGUGCCUGAAGAUGAGACGUUUUUGCAGGUUCAGAGGAACGAGCGGAAACAGGAUCUUACUCCGAGGACCGGUUUUGAAUUUUUGCAUUGAGGUGGAUUUGUUCGUGGUCAAAGAGAAAUUUUUCGAUGCAGCACUCCACGUCGCAUCUUCUUUGUAUUAGAAACACAGAGAAUUGAAUAUUGAAUAAAAAUAAACGUGAAAAAAGUGUCAGGGGUUGCCCGCUGAAAUUGUGAUACUACCCCAAAUUGUUGGAUGAUUUGGGCAUAUCUGAUUAAUUUUGGUAGAGCCGCAACAUUUUGGUACCCUGGUAAAAAUUGGCAGUAGAAUCUGUGUUCCAAAAUACCAUAGACCUAUGGCCGGCUGUAAUAUUUCCAAUAGCGUCUAUAGUCGGCUACACAAUUUCUUAUAGCCUUUUAUAGCCGAUGGCGAUUAAGCAACUCACA